AUGGCGGACGUCGUGCGGUGCUUUGGAAAAAUACAUGCUGCCUUUGUUGCCAGUGCAUACGCUUCUCAUCUAGUCCCAGUGGUGGAGAAGCGAUGGGCGAACUGUGAGCAACCGCUGAUGCUUCUCGCUUUCGCAUUGCACCCGCUCUACGUGACCCAUACGCGUGCCUUAAUCCAAGCUCACGACAAAACUGUCAUAUUAAUGUCAGUAGACGGCGUCUCCGCUGCUGCUGACUAUUACUAUCGCCGCUAUGUUGAUCUCAACAGCAACGGACUCGUAGGUGAUGUCGACAAGUGGUUGCGUGGCAAAUUUACCCCGAAAAAGCACACUGACUUCACUGACCAGGCCGGUGUCCUUCAACCGAAUGGGGUAAUUGAUUAUUGGGUCCACGUUACAGAUUCGUGGUACGUCAAGGGCAGUAAACUUCCUCAGCUAGCGAAAGUGAUUCUGUCAGUCGCAGUGAACACUGCGACAUGCGAGCGCUGCUUUAGCGAGCUGGGAUUGAUACAGACACCACGGCGAAAUAAGCUAAAGUUUGAUAAAGCUCGACUCAUCGGCAUCAUUCGAAAUGAGGUCCGCGAGCGCAAUCGUCGGGAAAGUGAUAUCGGCGAGUGUAGAAGGCAGAAGAAGCCUGUUAACCCUGCAGAGAGACCAAAACAGCAGAUGCACGGAGUUUCCGAUCCUGCAACCUCGCUGUCCACUCUGGCUGACGUUACUGAUGUCGACUACAUGGAGACUGUUGGAGCAGUGGACUUCUGGUUGGACGCCAUCGUCGAUCUAGAAGACGAUGGAGAAAAUAUUGUGAAUAACGUCGGUGACGAUGAAUGCUAA